AUGCGGGUAACCAAUCUGCUAUGGUCUUCCCUGGUUAUACCGGCUGCUGUGGGCUUUCAGGUUCGGCUUAGGUCGUCUGAGGAUACUGCCCUCGACACCGUGGACGAUGGCACACUGCAGAGCCUGCUCGAUAACAUCGGGUUGAACGGCUCGAAUGCCUGGGAUACGAGGCCAGGGUUGGUUAUAGCUAGCCCUAGCAAAAGGGAUCCAGACUAUUUCUUUACCUGGACGAGAGACUCGGCUCUAGUGCUCAAGUGCAUUACCGACGCCUUUGCCGCUGGAAAUACGGCUCUACAGGAGACAAUCCACGAAUACAUCUCGUCUCAAGCUCGCAUCCAAUUGCUAAACACCCGCUCUGGUGGCCUGUCAAGCGGAGGGCUCGGAGAACCAAAAUAUCGAGUGGACGAAACCCCAUAUAAUGAGGACUGGGGCCGACCUCAGGCUGAUGGGCCUGCUCUAAGAGCUACUGCCUUGAUUGCAUACGCAAGGUGGCUUCUUGAAAAUGAUUACUAUGAUGUAGCUAAAUCGAUCGUGUGGCCGGUUGUCAAGAAUGACCUUUCAUAUGUCAGCGAGCACUGGAACACUACGGCCUUUGAUUUAUGGGAGGAAGUAAAUAGUCCAUCCUUUUUCACCACUAUCGUCCAACACCGAGCUUUGGUGGAAGGUAUAAACAUGGCGCGGGCAUUGGACGAAACCUGCCCUCAUUGUGAGUCUCAGGCACCCCAAGCACUCUGCUACUUGCAGUCGUAUUGGACUGGAACCGCCGUCCGGUCGAACUACGGUCAGGGUCGCUCCGGGCUUGAUGUAGCCUCCAUUCUGGGCUCUAUCCACACAUUUGACCCCGAAGGAGAAUGUGACGACACUACCUUCCAGCCUUGCUCUGCGCGAGCACUAGCAAACCACAAGGCAGUCACAGAUUCCUUCCGGUCCAUCUAUAAGAUUAACGGUGGUAUCAAGCAGGGCCAGGCUGUGGCCGUCGGCAGAUAUCCCGAAGACGUAUACUUUAAUGGAAACCCAUGGUAUCUAGCCACUUAUGCUGCUGCAGAACAACUAUACGAUGCUAUGUAUCAGUGGAAUAAGAUAGGAAAAAUCAUGGUGACAGAUGUUUCCAUGCCUUUCUUCAAGGAUAUAUAUUCCGAAGUGCAGAAAGGGACACACGAGUCUUCCAGCCCGGAGUUCGGCAAUAUAAUUGCCGCAGUAAAGGCUUAUGCAGAGGGGUAUAUUGAAGUUGCCAAAAAAUAUACCCCGUGCACAGGAAUGCUUUCAGAGCAGUUCUCCAGAGAUAAUGGAACGCCAUUGUCUGUGGCGGACCUCACCUGGUCAUACGCAUCGUAUCUAACCGUAAUGGCCCGACGCAACUCCGUCGUUCCGGCUUCAUGGGGAGAGAAGAAUGCCCGAGAUAUCCCAUCUACUUGUGUGCCAUCGUCAGCAACCGGGCCAUACCAAACGGCUACUAUAACCUAUUGGCCACCAAACCUCACCCCCACUGCUCAGCCGUCGCCCUGCCCUACGGCCUUGCCAACCAAGAACAAUGUCCGCUUCAGACUGCUCGCCACCACACAGGUGGGCGAAGACGUCUUCCUAGUUGGAUCCAUCCCAGAGCUAGGCUCGUGGGACGUCAAGAAGGCUGUCCCGCUCAACGCGGACGUCUAUGCAGACAACUGUCACCAAUGGUAUGUUGACGUUGAGCUUCCGACCGCCGUGGCUUUCGAGUACAAGUUCAUCCGCAAGAGAGGAGGAGAGGUGGUGUGGGAGCGAGAUCCGAAUCGGAAGUACACUGUACCUCAGACCUGCGGCGUCUCGGGAGUGAUUAAGAGAGACACCUGGCGAUAG